AUGGCUACAGCUUGGAGAAAUUUCGAGCAUAUUAAUUUAAUCUCAUUAGAGUCGCAAACGAAUAUUUAUGGCUCAGCAGUGUUAUCUUUAAAUAGAAAUAUAAAUAAAAAAGUUCUUAUUGCAUCUUUAGACGGUCCAGUUACUUGUGUAAAAUAUGAUAAAACGCGAGGAAACCAACUUAAAUGUAUAUGUGAUGAAAUGCCAUUACCAAGCACUGUCUCAUCGUCUAUGUUUGAGGUGGUUGCUAUUGAUUCAUUCAAUAAAUAUAAUGCUCAAAAUCAAGUUGUCAUAACAUUGGUCUUAAUGCCUGGAAGUGUAGAGAUGGAGGAUAUUGAUAUUAAUACACCUGAAAAAAUUCGUCCACUUCAACCUCUUCUUGCUAUUUAUGUAGCACACAGUGAUAAAUCAAGUGAUCUAAAGAUGGAAGAAUUAGCUAGUACAGGCCAAAAAUUAGGUUUAUCCUUUACACCUCUACACCUCAAUCAUAUUUGCAUUUGUAGGGAUGGAGUGAAAGAGAUUGCCAUCCUAUUAUCAGAUGUUAACAAAGCAGUCCAUGUUUUUGUAAAGCGUCCUUUGGAUCGAUUCGCAGCAUACAUCGCAGAGAAGGUUCGCUGCAAGAUUAUUCAAAUAAAAGCCAAAAUAAUGAAGAAUCUUGUCGAUACUCGCUGUUGGUCGCAUGCUCGACCGACAGAUGUUUGUUCAGAAGGUUUUAAUCUACCAUUGGUAUUGCCAGGAUCCAAUGAAUAUGAUUGUAUUUUGUGUAGUUAUAUUGCUGAUAUUGAUUGGGAUGGUAAGAAUGAAAUUAUACUUGGUAGCUACGGGCAGGAACUCUUGGUUUAUAAACGUUUAGAUAAUUAUUUUAAUUUAAGUAAAGACGAUACCGAUGAGACUUUGAUGGAAAAGGCUCGCUCCCCGUAUAAAUCUUUGGACUUAAUAUAUCAACAUAGUUUCUCUGAGCCGAUUUAUUCGUGUUGUUAUAUCGACUUAACUGGUGACGGCGUUUGCGAGUUAGUCGUUACGACAUUUCGCGCUCUUCAUGUUCUACAGCAUAAUUUGGAGUCAGUUUCGCAAAAGUGCUCAGAAAGAACAGCAUUGUUACUGGAGGGAAGAAUUGAUUGGGAUAUCUAA